AUGGGCAUCGAGCAGCAGUUUAAUCUAGAAGAGGGAGCGGAACGGUUGAAGGACUGGAUUGCCACCCAACCUCAUCUGCCACAGAAUAUACAUCCAACACUGCUGCAAAGAUACAUUCACUCGACCCGCGGUGAUCUGGAGUAUGCGAAGAAAAUAUUCGUGCUCGGGUACACGAUCCGGCAGAACAAUCCGGCCAUUUUCGAUAACCGUGAUCCACUCAGCACCAACGUGAUGAGCAUUUUACGUUCAAUCGAUAUGGUACCCUUGCCGUCGGUGGAAGGAUGUGAAGACAAGUUUAUUUACUAUCGUUUGGUGGAUUGUGAUCCCGAUAAGUUCGAUUUCAACGAUGUCAUUAAGACGUUUUUCAUCAUUGCCGAUCUUCGCAUGAUCCAACCGGACGUCCCAAUGAACGAUGGGGGAGACGUGCCUAUUUUUGACAUGAACGGAUUCACGCUUCGCCACAUGACCAAGGUCGUACUGUCGACAUUGCGCGUCUACAUGCGCUACACUCAGGAAGCACACCCCGUGCGUCUGAAGGCCAUUCAUGUCAUCAACUGUACACCCUUUCUGGAUCGGGUCAUGUGUUUGGUGAAACCGUUCAUGAAGAAGCGUGUGGCCGAUAUGCUGCACUUUCAUCUGCCCAACUCUGAAACAAUCUAUGCCCAUCUUCCAAAAGCAGCCCUGCCGGACGAGUACGGUGGCAAACAGUCGAUCAUAAAGCACAAGGAAGACUGGUUCAACAGGAUUAAACUACAGCGUGAUUACAUUACCGACGGCAGCCGGUGGAAGAUUGACGAAUCUCGGCGAAAUAAUGGCAACGAUCUCUGCGGCACGCUGCGAAAGUUGGAAAUUGAUUAG